UUCAUUUCUCACGUCAAUUUUAUUCUGUAUGAAGCUUCAGUCAAGCUCAAAUUCAAUCGUGUCUAUUUUCUGACCCAGAAACAAAGAUCUACUAAUUAGCUUCGUCACUUCUUUCGCAAUGCUUGACGCUUAAACAGCUGAACCUCGCUCUCCUUGACGACCCUCAUCCUCACAAAUGUCAGCUUCUACCACUCCGCCCGCGGGCUCCGUCCCUCUUGCCGCUGCAGCGGUGCAGAAACACCUGCAGCCUUCAACAACUUCGCCCAUUGAGGUUCUUCCUGGCAGCACCUCUCAAGCAUACACGCACAUUCAUACCGCACUUCUUCUGGUGUUCUAUUACCUCCGCUUCAACGACCUAGUCGCAGACCCGGUCCCUACCCUUCUAGACACGCUCCUCCCGCUCGCCGUCCUACAAAUCAGCUACGCAGCGAUAUGUUUGCCUGCUGGCACCGGAGCUGGAGCAGCAACCUCGCUGAGCAAGGCAUCUAAGAGCGCUGGCGCGAGCACGGGAAACACCCGUCGGAAAACUCAGCAAGGGAGCAAGAGCGAUGGACGUGGUUUAGGCACACGGAUUUCGACAUCGCUCCUCGCUACAAUUUUAUCACUCGCCCUCGGCACUCCCCUGUUGACAAUUAUCUUGGUCUUUUUUGGAGCGCCGGUGACGACGCAUUCGGCUCACACGCUGCUUUGCGCGGCGCAUAUGGCGCUACUGGCAGGUAUUCCGCUCGUGCAUGCGCAUGGGGUGGAUACAGGGGCCUGGCGCGACGUGGCGGCUGCAUUGAUGACGCUUGACGAGCCAUUUGGUGGAGCCGUCGGUGUUGCGGUCGGCGCCUGGCUCGGGGCCGUGCCGAUCCCGCUGGACUGGGACCGAGAAUGGCAAAAGUGGCCGGUCACUAUCCUCACUGGAGCGUAUAUUGGAUAUGCCGUUGGCAAGGCGGCAGGCGGGUAUAUAUUCAGAGGAAAGAGAAUCCAAUUCGACUAAACAUGGAUCGUUUAUCAAGUAUAGAUUUCGUUCAAAGACCAUGAUUAAAAAAAAACGCGGUAUAUAGGCUACUCCGCGUACCACCACGUCAACUUGAACUGUGUAUAGAUUUAUCCAAGAUUGAAUUCGUUCACUAGAAAAAAGUAUUCAGGAAUAUUCCAAAACUAUCUAUGCUGAGCUGAUCAAAAAAACAAACCCCCGAAGAAGGCGGGAUAGAGAGGACAAACAGGCUUGCUAAACCAACAGGAGAUUGAAAGGACGGCCGAAUUGAGAUAUCGUGAAAUGGUGCAAGGAGAUUAUGUUACAGUCGAAGAAGAUCGCGAAAUUGGACGGGAUCCCAGAGAUUUGGAAAGAGAAAACAGCAAAGGGCGCUUUCGGACGAAAUCAGAUGCCUUUGAUAGCCAUUGUUCGCUCCGAAUUUAGCUUGUUUGCAUUCUGCUCAUGCGAUUGUUUUUU